UAAAUCUCUAUUGUAAGUAUUCGGAAUUCACAGUUUGUUUUCAUCUGAAGAUUGUAAAGCUAGAAGAAAUAGGUAAUUUUAACAGCAAAGUAUUCCCCUCUUUUCCUGUAAUCUUCUAAUUAAUUCUACAUACUACUACAUCAACAUUUGACAUUCUGAAAAUAAGACUACAGGCAAUAAGAGGUGAUCAAACACUCUUGAGUUUUCAUAUGAUCCAUUUUCAUUUGAUCUAAUCUAGAUUCCUGAAAUAGUUGGAGCUUUAGUAUUUUAUGUGUGGGAAUUGUUUUAGUCUUAUCAAAAGUAUUUUUAGCAGUUUUAUUUUUAGAUUUAUUUUUUGCAAUUCUUAGAUUUUAUUACGAUAUAUAUAGUUGAUUAAAUUCUUGCGAUAAUAAAUUAUCAUUUUGAGCUGUAAAACAGUAGCCAAGAUGUCAAACAGUCAGUCAGAUAUUGGUGUUAUGAUGAUUUUGGCAUUUUUCUUGCCUCCUGUUGCAGUAUUCAUGGCUGAAGGAGUUGGCAUAUCACUAGCGUUUAACAUAAUUUUUACUGCUGCUUCUUUCGUUCCUGGAGUGUUUCAUGCUUUAUUGGUAUGUGGUGCGGAAAGUAAAAGAAGGAAACAGGAGGCUCUUAUCAAUCAGAAUUACUAUCAUCAACAACAGCAACAGGGUUAUCAACAACAGAAUUAUCAACAGCAGAAUUAUCAACAGCAGAAUUAUCAACAACAGAAUUAUCAACAGAACAACUAUCAUCAAAAUCAAAAAAAUACAAACCCUAUCCACAAUGAUCAAGAUGGGAGUCCAGAUAAUCCAGGACUCAAUAAUACAGAAGGCUUUGACUAUGGUGAUGGUAAGUAAUGAUUUCCCUUUUGUUAUUCUAUUUGAGUCCUGGAUUUUACUUGGUUGUAAAGUACCACUGCAUUUGCAAAGGUUGUGUUAGUUAAUUGUACCGUUUUAUAAAAUUUAGUUAGAAAUACACUUUCUACACUUUAUAACUGGUUAUCUUACUUGGUUAAGAUUUUUAAAGAGUAGCCUUAAUUUUCAUUUAAUCUA